AGUUAUUGAAUUUCUUAUAACUUAGAUUACAACUUUCCCAUUCUAAAGAAAGUUUGAAAAACUUUUGUGUACCUGUGAUAACUUUAGAAAUAGCUAAUGAUAAGUGUAGCUAAAAUUUAAACGUUUAAGGCAAUGAAAACAGUUCAAUUUAUUAUAAUUUAUUUUGUCAUCGAUUUUAUCAGUGCUGCACCAAAGCAAUUGAUUUCUUGGAAUGCAAAUGAAAAAACGCUCAUUAGUAAGUCGAUGGGAAUUCCCAAAGUUAUGACGCCAAAUAACGAUACACAUAAAUUAAAACGGAAUGAUAGAUUAGUAUUUGAAGGACCAGUAUAUUCACCGAAUACGGAUAAAAUUUAUUUUCCGGAUGACAAUAUUGAUGCAAAUAAGGUGAUAGAUGAUAAUGAGAAAGUCUAUAGCACAACUGUGAAAAGUAUUAGCACAACUAAGAAUAUUAUAAGCACCACUGAAGAUAAUUAUAUCACUGAAAUUAAUAACAGCACUGAAAUUGAUGAGGAUGACGAUGACGAAAUUGACUUUAGUGCCUCAUUUACGCCAAACACUUUAAUACAGCCAUUGAACACUAAUUUUCAGACGACUCAACCAACAGUGAUAACUAGUUUAUAUGCGAUUUGCAGUGCUGAGCAUUCAAUAAGAGCGUCAUGGCAUUUGGGUUCGAAUGCUACUUCAGGUACGCACACAUUUCCAAACGGAACCAAAGUUCAAUAUGCUGAAUGCAGAGUUGUCGUGAUUACUCAUCCAUAGUACGAGUACUGUUUUUGUAAAUUGUAAAUGAGUAAAAAAUUCAUAGUAUAAAUAUUUAAUAAGUUACAUAUGUACUCGUAUAGGAAUAUAUAAUUUAUUUUCCGGACAGUAUAGGAACGAAAAGGUUGUUAAGUGACAAAUUUUAUGAAAAAAAUUAGAUUUUAAAUUAAUUUUACUUGCAACUAUUUGGAAUUUUAAUAGAUUCAAAUUAAGAACCUUAUUACUCUUUGUUCAGGGAAAAACCAGCUUUAAAAAGC